AUGUAUACUCAAUUCUUUUUCGUACUCAUUCAAUUUCUGGGGUCUGUCACCUCUCGGCCAAAUGCCGUAGGACAAGGCUACAGGCCAGCUGCGUUUCAAGGCCCUUCAACCCCUAAAAAUGUCAAUACUUUCUUCGCAUUGACUGCCGGUAUCAAUCGUCGGAAGGGUGACCUUCCAGGCAUUGCCCCGGCCAAUCCGCUUCAGAAGGGACACGAUUGGUACACCGAAUUAGAAGUGGAAGGACAGAAAUGUCCUGUCGUUAUAGACACAGGCAGUAGCGAUACAUGGAUCGUCAAACCCAACUUUACAUGUUUAGAUCAUGGUACCGGAGCACCAACUUCACAAAGUGCAUGCUUGUUUGGUCCAGGGUAUGCCCCCGACUCAGGCUUCAAGCCAAUCCCGAACCAACAUUUCAAUACUACAUAUGCAAGUGGGGAGAAUCUAAAAGGAACAUUUGGUUUCGUGGAUGUAACUUUGGGUGGGAUUUCUGUCAAUACUCAGAUUGCGACUGUUGAUACAGCUGCAUGGCUUGGUGAUGGAACCACGAGUGGCUUGUUGGGUCUUGCAUAUCCAUCUAUCACCGCGGCGUUCAAUGGCACCACUUUUGAAAAUGACAAUGCGGAAACUCAGCUUCCAUAUGACCCUAUCUUCACGACCAUGCACAAAAAGCACCUCAUACCCCCAAUUUUCAGUCUCGCCUUGAGCAGACCCUCAAAUCGCAUUGGCCACGGCAAUGGAUAUUUAGCCUUAGGCGGAGAAGGUUACAUACAAGGAGCUCUUCCAUGGCCACAGCAUCAAGUCUACACACUCACACCAGACAAUUUCAUUUACCCUGGUAGUCAACGUCAAAAAUGGAAUCCCAAACACUGGUCCCUACUUUCCAUGCCCAGCAGCAGUUCUCAAGUCCAACUCUUUAUCGACUCAGGCACUACCCUUAUUUUCCUCCCCAACUCCAUCUCUUCCGCUCUCGCAGCACUAUACAAGCCGCCUGCCGUUUACAAUGCAGAUCUAUUCGCUUACUCUGUGCCAUGUAAUGCUAAAGUGCCGUAUUUUGCUGUCGUUAUUAGCGGCGUGUCGUUUCCUGUCGAUCCAAGGGAUAUGGUACAGGAUGAUAAUACGGGUACGGGUAACUGCGUGGCGGGCGUGAGUGAUGGAGAUCCUUUUGGCUUUUAUACGCUUGGAGAUGCGUUUUUGAAGAAUGUAGUGGUGGUUUUUGAUGUGGGGGCUUCCCAGUUGAAGUUUAGGAGUAGGGGUUUCUACUGA